UGAAGGAGCAUGCCUCGUCCAUACCUAAGGCCGAGGCUUGGCCCGUCGUCGGCCAGUUCUCAAGCAUUGGCUCCAUGGGGGCUGACGAAUCCAAAUGGUUGUGUGCUGAAUUCAAAGAGACCUUGGUAACCCUGGGGAAGGAAAGCAGGGUCCCCGGGAGAAGCGCUGCUCCCCUCCAUCUGAUCUAUCCUUCUGUGGAAAACGUGCGGACCAGCUUAGAAGGGUAUCCAGCCGGGGGCUCUCUUCCCUACAGCAUCCAGACAGCGGAAAAGCAGAACUGGCUUCAUGCCUACUUCCACAAAUGGUCGGCUGAGACGUCUGGCCGCAGCAACGCCAUGCCACAUAUCAAGACGUACAUGAGACCCUCUCCAGACUUCAGUCAGAUCGCGUGGUUCCUUGUCACAAGAGAAUGCAGUCAGGGCCUGAUCUGCCCACAUAGCAUCCCAGCAUUAUCAAAGGACCCCUGAGAGACGUAACUCAAAUAACAGAACAUCU